AAGGGACCUCGGGCGUCACCAUGAGCAGAGCCAGGACCUCCUCGCUACUUUUCUUGUUGAUGGUCAUCUCGACCGUUCUCCCGUCUUUUGCCGCUGGAGGAUCGACUCUCAACUCCAACAACUCCACCAGCAACAAAACCAAAUGUGGAGGAGGUACGGACUGCGUCCCGGGUGUUAUCCUCCCCGUGUGGAAGCCGGAGAACCCGGCCUUCCCAGACCGCCUCGCCAGAGCCACCAUCUACUUCGUGGGGUUGGCGUACAUGUUCUUGGGUGUGUCCAUCAUCGCCGACCGCUUCAUGGCGUCCAUCGAGGUCAUCACGUCCCAGGAGAGAAAGAUCACCAUCAAGAAACCAAACGGGGAGAAGAUCACCACCACGGUGCGAGUCUGGAACGAGACCGUGUCCAACCUGACCUUGAUGGCGCUCGGUUCCUCCGCUCCAGAGAUCCUCCUGUCGGUCGUGGAGGUUUGCGGUCACAACUUUGACGCCGGCGAGCUCGGCCCGAACACCAUCGUGGGAAGCGCCGCCUUCAACAUGUUCGUGAUCAUCGGCCUCUGCGUGUCUGUGAUUCCUGACGGAGAAACCAGGAAGGUGAAGCACCUCCGGGUGUUCUUCGUCACCGCCACCUGGAGCGUCUUCGCCUACACCUGGCUCUACCUGAUCCUGGCGGUCAUCUCUCCGGGCGUGGUGGAGAUAUGGGAGGGGCUUCUCACACUCUUCUUCUUCCCCAUCUGUGUCGGAUUCGCCUACGUGGCCGACCGUCGGCUUCUUUUCUACAAGUACAUGCACAAACGAUACAGAGCGGGGAAACGCAAAGGAGUGAUCAUCGAGACGGAGGGAGAGCCGGAGCUUCCAUCGAAGGUCGACAUCGAAAUGGACGGGAAGAUGCUCAACUUGCACUCGGAGGAGAUGGCGUCUGAGGUGGAUGAGGAGGAGGCGGCCCGCAGAGACGUGUCCCGGAUCCUGAAGGAGCUGAAACAGAAACAUCCAGAGAAGGAGACAGAGCAGCUGAUGGAGCUCGCCAACUACCAGGUGUUAACCACGCAGCAAAAGAGUCGAGCAUUCUACCGCUGUCAGGCGACCCGGAUCAUGACGGGCGCCGGAAACGUCCUGAAGAAGCACGCGGCCGAACAAGCGAAGAGAGCCAAUCAGCACGAGGUCUGCUCCGAGGUCUCAGCGAGCGACUUCUCCUCGAAGGUCUUCUUUGACCCCGGAGCCUACCAGUGUCUGGAGAACUGCGGCAGUGUGGCGCUGAACAUCGCACGCCGUGGCGGAGACCUGGCAAACGUGGUCUCGGUGGAUUACCGGACUGAAGAUGGCACGGCGAACGCCGGCUCGGACUACCAGUUCACGGAGGGAACGAUCGUCUUCAAACCGGGCGAGACCGAAAAAGAAAUCCGCAUCGACAUAAUCGACGACGACAUCUUCGAGGAAGACGAACACUUCCUGGUUCACCUCAGCAAUGUGAGGGUCGUCUCAGAGGACGCCGAGGCAGACGACCACGAGGCGGCGAACCACGUGGACACCCUCGCAGGUUUAGGUCUGCCGUGCACGGCCACCGUCACCAUCUUCGAUGACGACCACGCUGGGAUCUUUACGUUCGAGGAGCCGCUGGUGACGGUGAGCGAGAGCGUGGGGAUGAUGGAGGUGAAGGUGGUCCGGACGUCGGGGGCUCGUGGGGUUGUGGUGCUGCCGUACAAAACCGUGCAGGGGACGGCGAAAGGAGGCGGCGAGGACUUUGAGGACACACACGGAGUCCUGGAGUUUGAGAACGACGAGAUCUUUAAAUUUAUUCAGAUAAAUAUAAUAAAUGAUGAAGAGUACGAGAAGAACAAGAACUUCUUCUUGGAGAUGGGAGAGCCUCGCCUGCUGGAGAUGAGCGGGAGGAAAGCUGUUUUGCUUCAGGAAGUCGGUGGAUUCGUCAAAACAGGCAGAGACGUCUACAGGAAGGUCCAGGGACGAGACCACCCUGCCCCCUCCGCCAUCAUCAACAUCACAGACGAGGGGGGUGAGGAGGUCCUGACCAAGAAGGAGGAGGAGGAGAGGCGGAUUGCAGAGAUGGGCAGACCGACGCUGGGCGAGCACGUCAAAGUGGAGGUCAUCAUCGAGGAGUCGUACGAGUUCAAGAGCACUGUGGAUAAACUCCUGAAGAAGACCAACCUAGCCCUGGUGAUCGGGACCAACAGCUGGAGAGAGCAGUUUGUGGACGCCAUCACCGUCAGCUCCGGUGACGAUGACGAUGAAUGUGGCGAGGAGAAGAUGCCCUCCUGUUUCGACUACGUCAUGCACUUCCUCACCGUCUUCUGGAAGCUUCUGUUCGCCUUCGUUCCUCCCACAGAUUACUGGAACGGCUGGGCCUGCUUCGUCGUCUCCAUCUCCGGCAUUGGCAUGCUGACGGCGGUCAUCGGUGAUCUGGCGUCGCAUUUCGGCUGCACCGUGGGCCUCAAAGACUCGGUCACUGCGGUGGUGUUUGUAGCUUUGGGAACAUCGGUACCAGACACCUUCGCCAGUAAGGUGUCGGCCAUCCAGGAUCAGUAUGCCGACGCCUCCAUCGGCAACGUGACGGGUAGCAACGCUGUAAACGUCUUCCUGGGUAUUGGCGUGGCGUGGUCGAUCGCUGCCAUCUACCACUGGACCCAGGGCCAACCCUUUAGGGUGGACCCGGGAACUCUAGCCUUCUCCGUCACCCUCUUCACCAUCUUUGCCUUCAUCUGCAUCGGCGUCCUGAUCUACCGCCGCCGGCCGGAGAUCGGCGGAGAGCUUGGCGGACCCAAAGUCCCCAAAACCCUGACCACCUGCCUGUUCUUCAGCCUGUGGCUGAUGUACAUCGUCUUCUCCUCGUUGGAGGCCUACUGCCACAUCCAGGGCUUCUAGUAGUUCUUACAGCGUCUGAUGGCUUUCUAAAGGGUCCAGGCGUUCCUGUUCUCACAGGCUCUGAUCAUUUCUGUUCUUAGUCUGAAUGUCUAAAAAGUCUAGAAGAUGAGACAGGUUCUUCAAAGAGAGGUAUCUGUUGGGUUUUUAGUCUACUCUGAUUGGGACUUUUCUUAUUCUAGAUUUCUCUUUUUUUGUUUUCAUUAAGUCUACAAUUAUGCAUUAAAGUGUUAAGUCUGUAAUAAGCCCCUCCCAUUUUAUGGACUUUCCUAGAUUCCAGUAGGCUCUUACACUUUGAAGGGUCUGGAUUAACCUCUGAUGCUGGAGAUACACUUAAGGUUCAACCUUAGGUUCCCAUACACAACCUGCUGCAUCAUAGUUUAAAUUUCUCACAUACUUGGCUCUGCACUCAGAGGAAACCUUUAGUGCAGGGGUUCCCAACCUUUUCAGGUCUUGACCCCCAAAAUAAGGGUGCCAGAGUUUUAGAUAUAAUGUAGAGCACAGUCUGGCACAUGCACUCGUAGGCCUAUCCAAACACUGGUAACACUAAAGUAAUUCUCAUGAAGAGACUUUAUCUGUUACACAUGAAUUGAAAUAGAAUCACUUUUCUAUUUAUAUUUCACGACCACCUCGCUCUUGGUGGCUCAGUGAUGGUUUAUACGUCCGCAAAUCUGUGUAUUGUGUUUUAUUUUGAAAUUGACGCUCUGUGCAUUUCCUUGUCUGACUUCCUGUCCUGGUCUGUUCAGCUUGUCCCGUCCUCCAAUUUCCACAAACUUUGUGUGCCACUGUCCGACAUUUUGGAGGACGUGCACAGCGGACGAGCCGAACAGACCCCGGGGGAAGGGAAGCAGCCAUGAUGCACACACGUUCACAAAGUUAAAAGUUUAUCUCCAGCCUUAUAAUUCUGGAAGUCAGGUUUUCUCAGGAUCUCAAGGAUCCUGGAGGUUUUUGUUUUGGUAAAUUGUUUUUAGUAAUCUAAAGCUUGUAACAUGUUCCUACUUUAGGUUUCUGACGGUUCUGAUGGACAUGAAACUGAGAAACGUCUGGAUGAACUCUGCAUGGUGUUUUUAAUGAUCUGACAGGUUUUUAAAAUCUUUAAAUGUACGGACUGUUAAAGGUGUUUUAAAGCUCUGAGAGGUUGCUGUUGGGAUCUCGAUGGACUUCUUAAUGGUCCUUGAAACCUCUUUCUUACCCUGGACCCCAAACUCAGCUGAACCUUUACAUCAUGUUUAAAAUUUUGAUUUUAUAAUGUGAAGACUUUAAGCCACGCCCACAGGAGAUCUUUUACCUGCAGGCGAAUGGAUUGGUAGUUUCUGCACUGAGUUUUAAUUCUAGUUUAUUUAGUGAGACCAGAAUCCUGAGUUUUCAGUGAAGACCCUGAAGGUCUGUGAGACCCUGAACUCUUCAGAGACUUGAGCUGCUGCGUCAGUCGAUAUAUUAAAGUGUAUGUGUGUGUGUGAGUGCUUACGCAACCUCAAAGAACACGGCAAAGAAGAGACGCACGCCAUUAUGUUCUGUUCUGGUCUGUGAUUGGUUGAAAGCCAUUACCAGUGUCUCUUCUUCUAAUAUUAAAGAACAGUGAUUGAAGUGUGUUUUCUUUUUAUAAAUCUUUCUCCUCUCUCAUUGGUCAGAGCACUGGCGUAGUAUUGAGGGGGGGGGUCCCUAUUAGUCCUGAAAUAAAUGAUGUUUGUUUGGAUUUCUUUCUGAAACUGUUAAACAAUAAAUGAACAAGAUCGUUUUAAA